GCAUGAGCGCUCUGGAUUUGGACAUUCCCAGCCCCUCUAAGUCUCUGGUCUCGCUGCUUUCCCAGAAGGGACCAGCGUCGUGUUAGCCAUGGCUGGGAAGGGACAGGGCCCUGGCGGCAACCCUGCAGAGCCCCAGAUCAUCAAAGUGACAGUGAAGAGCCUUGAGGAAAGGGAGGAGUUUGCAGUGUGGGAGAACAGCACCAUCGCCGACUUUCGAGGCGAAAUCGCCAAGCGCUUCCACGCUCCCACCAACCUGCUCCUCUUGAUCUUUGCUGGGAAAGUUUUGAACGACCGAGAUACUCUCAGCCGGGCCGGGAUCCAUGACGGAUUCACCAUCCACCUUGUCAUCAGGCUGCAAAUGAGAGCAGAGGACCAGGCAGCUCAGCAAACUAACGCCAGCACACAUCCUGCCACCCUUCCAGCUGGCUCAGCUGGUCUGGCAGAUCUCAGCAUGCUACCUGGGAAUGCACCCAGCAUUUUAGCUUUCCUAAAUGAGUUCCAGCAGCUGCUGGUGGUCAACCCCGAAAUGAUCCUACAGAUUCUGGAAAAUCCCUUUGUCCAGAGCGUGCUGUCAAACGCCGACCUGAUAACAGGGUUCUUAAGGGAACACCCCCUGUUCCAGCAGUUUGCGCAGGAGAAUCCAGAGGUCAGCCACAUCUGGAACAACCCAGCCCUCCUGCGAGAAAUGAUUGAGUUCAUUAGGAACCCAGGGAUGAUGCAGGAAAUACUGAGAAACAGGAGCCAGACUCUGCUGCUUGGUGGAGACAAAGUCUUGUGGCAAAUGCUCCCUGAUACUCCAAUGCCAACUCUGCAUGGACCACAGGCGCAGUGUGGGAGUGAGCCACCCCGGAACAAGCAGCCCCCAGCAGGGGUCAGCCAACCGUCCCACCCUUUGCCGAACCCUUGGGCCUCUUAGUUUGGUCCUCAGAGUUGCAUCCCCCAUCACAACCAUGGCACUGACGUUGGGGGUAUUCAUGUCAGCAACAGCCCAAACUGCAGCACGGGGCAGAGCCCCUGGGUGCCGCCUGGAGUUGCAGCUGGGAUGUGUAACACACCGGAAGUGCAGAACACCUCGCCAGAGAUAACCAGGAAUGCCCAGCCUUUCCAGAGCAUCCUGUCUGUCCCCUACAUGAGGAAUAUAAUGCAGGCCCUGAGCCAGAAUCCCAGUCUCAUCGUGCACUUCAUGCUGAGUAACCCCCGGUUCGUUGGUAUCCUGCAUCCACACCAAGACGUAGCGCGGGAGCUCCAAGCCCUCCUCCAGCUGCUGCACAGCCCA